AGACGUGUAGUUUUUGCGUUUAAAUAGGAUUGAAUGGUUCUUCAUAAUUCUUAAUUUAUAAACAAUCUGAGCAAUAAAAUUUUUACGUUGUGUCAUUACAUUUAAACGUGUGCUCUGGUUUGAAUCUAUACAAGUUUUCUAUAUCUGUCUUGCGGUCUGUAAUUCAAGGUGUUUAAUCUGCCUGAGAAAUCCAGUGAGGAUGAGCUACAAAGAACUUAUCAAGGAAGUCACAAGACUUUUGGACAAUUUUCAAGAAGACAAACAAUGCAUUGACAGCUUUACAGAAGAUGCUGCCAAGGAACUUAAGAAUCUUUCCUCGGCUAACCAGAUGUUUGUUAUUGAUACUUUACAUGGAUGUGUCACACACAAAAAGCUUUUGGAUACUGUGGUAAACAUAUUCUAUAUUUACCAUGGGAAAACUUUACUCAGAGUGGACCGAAACAUGUUCAUUGUUGUCUGUUACCUUGCCAUCUUCCAGCUUGAUGAUUUGGGCCUGGAGCAUUUCAGUAGGAUAAUAACGUCUCUAGAUGUCUCAAAAAUGCACAAAUUCCUGAGUUUUUUCUUUAACACCAAUAACCUCACAAACCAGAUCCAGGAAGAAUGGAGUCACAUCUAUGAUGAUACUGUUGUAAAGAGUAACUGGAUCACCCCAUUGCUGAGAAAGUGCAGUGAGAUUGAAGUACUUUUGAAUCAGCUCGCCAGAAAAAUGGGCAAAGGAAUUCAGCCGAAGAAACCACCCAGAAAAAACACAGAACCUAAAGAAUUUAAUCUGACCCAGCCCAAACCUCGACCACUCCCUUCUCCUGAAGUCAUCCCACAGCAGGACAAGCCCAAGCCAGUACCAACCAGCACUCACAGAUCUCCAAAGGAACCAGAGAUUCUGGACGAGAUGAAACAGAGGAACCGAGAGCAAGCAUUACAUGCACUGUAUGAAGCAAACUCUCAACCGUUUAGAUGUGCAAAUCCACAGAAGUCUGAGAAAACUCAGAAUGAGAUUUCCCAGAUUCUUCAAAGCCGUGAUGCCGAGCUUAAAUUUGACCAAACGUAUACUUCUGGCAGCCCUUCUACCCAAAAGGCAAACAGCUUACCAGUCAAACUGAAUACAACAGCCAUCCUGCGAGAGGGUGCUUUGUAUAAUCGUCAACUGGAAGAGGAGUUACAAAGAUUAGAGCGUUUGUCUAAGGGUGCGAAUGAUCCAACUGCGUUCAUCCAGUGGCAGAAGGAGAUGAAAGAGAGAGAUCUUCAGGAGGAACUAGCUGAACUGGAGCGCCGGCGACUGGAGGGGCGAAUCAGCCAUGAGGAGGCGGUGCUGGCGCGAGAACGCGUCCUGGAGCGCAACCACCAUAAAGCUCAGCAGGCUAAAGAGGAGACAGCAGAGCUAAUGCGCAAGUAUGCAGAGAAACGUGUGAAGGAGGAGAAGGAAAUGAGGGAGCUGGUACAGCAAGUGGCUGAUGGGCACAAGAACUCCAAAGCUGCUAAAGCCAAGCUUCAAGAAAUCAAACAGCGCAUUGUUAAGGAGGUCUCGGAGCAAAGCAGGGAACUCCUCAGUCAGGCUCUGGAGGAAGCACAGGCUGAGCUUAGCAGGAAAAUGGAGCUUAUUCGUCAGAUUCAUGCUAUUGAGUCAAUCCCUCUGGACAGACAAAAGUUUAUAGAUGACACUGAGACUGCUGGUCAUGAUCUGCUGUGCGAGAUGUCUUUGGCGGAGCUGCGGGAGCGUUUGAUGAUGCUAAGAGAGUUACAGCAUUUCGAGCAAGAGGAGAGGAGAAGCCGGAUCCUGCAGGAGAAGCAGGUGAAGGAGCAGAUGCUCUUGGAGCAGCUGGAUCACAUCUCUCUGUGCAGAAGUCUAGCAGAGCAGGCCUCUGCUGCGCGCAGUCAGGAGGAGAAACGGUUGAGAAGUGAACUGAGGGAGGCUGUCAGUAAAGAUGAGCGAGUGCUAUCCCUUCAGAAGACCCUAGAGCAGAAACAACAGGAAAGACAACAGAUAAAGACUGAUAAAGCCAAUUCAAAGAGAAAUGAACAGGGGACUCCUAUUACAGUCAAGAGCUCCAUUCUUAAAAAGCAGCAAGUUCUUGAGGAACAGCACUGGCAAGAGAUGGAACGCAGUUUGGAACAGCAGGUUUGCGGGGUCAUCCAGUCCUCCAACAAAGCUGGUGCUGGUCAAAACCAAAGGCGAGUUUGCUGAUGACCAUUAUAUUUAAAAAAAAAAGUACAUGUUAGGGUUUCUUUACUUCAAGAUGGUGCAGACCUAUAUUAGUCAAUGUUUGAAGUGGAACAAAAACGUUCAUCAAAGUUGUGAAGAACGUGUAUUGGUUUUAAGACAACUUUUAGGAAAGAUUUUGAUUCACUUCAAAUGUUGACUAGUGUAUAUUUUGCCAUUGUAAAAAAUAUUUGAUGACUAUGAUGAACAUUAUUAAAAGUUUAACCAGUUAUCAAGCACAGACCAGGCUGAUAUAAUCAAGAAUUUGAAGAAUAGCUAAAUUCAUUUUAUGUAUUAUUGCACAGUAACACAAAUAACGACACAAGAAUAAACCAGUUUAGUUCAACU